AUGGACAACACUCUUCAAAAAUUCAUCAGAUAAACUCAAAAAUAUAUUGAUGCAUAUCAAAAUUGUCAAUUUGAUUAAUAUUCCUUUAACUACACUAGAGAUCUCCUGGGUGAGGGAUCUUUCGGUAGGUUUAAAUUCCUAAGACCAUUAGUGUUUAUCGUGGAACCCAAGGAAAUUGCUAUGCGGCCAUCAAGAUCCUCAAUCUUAAACACUACGAUAAUCCAACCUAUAGAAGAGCAUUAAAACUUGAAAUUAUUCUCAUGAUGGAACUCAAAAGUCCCAAUGUAGUUAGGAUCUUAGAUGUAAAAACUUAACGCAAAUCAUAGGCAUUAUGUGAUUAAAAUGACAAUGAACUCUUUUUGAUUAUUGAAUAUUGUGAAGGUGGAGAUCUACGUCGUCUAUUAUCUCAUUAACCAAACUAAAGACUUCAAGAGUCUGCUGCUGUUGCUAUCAUCUCCUAAACUAUUUAAGGAUUAACAGAAUUAUUACAUAAAAAUUACAUGCAUCGUGAUAUUAAAGUAUUAUUUCCAUAUAAAAUCAGCCUGAUAACAUUCUUCUUAAGUAAAAUACCUAUAAAGUUGCCGAUUUUGGUCUAGCUGCCAAAAUUCCUCCUAAAUAGGUUUUAAGAUGUAUUACAUUCUAUUAUGUAUACUUUAGCCCAGGUUGGAACUCCAUUGUAUAUGUCACCAUAAGUUUUAGAAUGUAAAGAAUAUACAAAUAAAUGUGAUAUUUGGUCUUUAGGAUUAGUCUUAUAUGAACUCCUUUUUGGUAGAACUCCUUGGUUAUGUAGAAGUUUUGACACUUAUUUAAUUGAAAUUAAAACUAAACCUUUAUAAUUCCCUUAUGAGAUUUAGAUUUCACCUCAGGUCAAAGAUUUCAUUAAGAAAUGUUUAAGAAUUGAGGAAUGCCAUCGUAUGAGUUGGCCAGAAUUAUUAAAACAUCCUAUGUUAUAACUUUAAGGGAGAUUAAAAAGAUAAGCUACUUAGGAAAGAUUAAAUUUUACAGUUUUAGAAAGAGAAUACUUAUAUAAUAUUUAAUUAGUAUGCUCUGAACUUAAUUUUUAAGCAAAAGAUUUAAUGAAAUAAUGUGGGAAGACUCAUAUAAAUUAGGAUGAAUUUUAGAAUAUGUUGCGUAAGAUUAUGAAUGAAGAAAAUGAAGAAGUUGGUAGGAAGUUAUUUGAGAAAUUUGAUUAUUCUAAGGAUGGAUUGAUAAGUGCUUAAGAAUUUGAAUAUUUAUUUAGUGAAUAUGAUUUUUCACCUUUAAAGUCUAUAGCCGUUUAAAUCACAUAUGAAUUAUAGGCCAUUAUUAAAUUAUAUAAAAUACCAUUGAAAUAACUAUUUUAACAAUUAGAUUAAGAUAAAAAUGGGUAUCUUGAUGAAAAAGAGUUUGAAUUCCUUAUUAAAAAGAUUGCUCCAAAAUUAUCUUAAGAUAAUAUUUUAGAAAUAUUCAAAAAUUAUGAUUAAGAUAAUGAUGGUAAAAUUAGUCUAAAAGAGUUAUAAUUUGUACUUUAGAGUAAGAAUUAUCAAAAAUUAAAAAUAAUUUUGAAUAGAAUUCGUGAAACUCUGAUUAGAAAAUCAGUAUCUGUAAGUACAUUAUUUACAUAAGUGGACAAGGAAAAGAAGGGAUACAUUAAUUUCAAGGAUUUUGAGUAUUUACUAAGUAAAUUAGAUAAAUUGAGUAAAUGUGAUGUUUGGGAUCUCUUUAAUUUAUUUGAUGAAGAUGGAAAUGGAAAGAUAUCUUUAGAUGAAUUUAAGACAUUGUUAAAUUUAUGA